GUUAGUCCUGAUCCCCCCUCUAGUCCCUUUAGUUUAAUUACAUAUACUGUAUAUGUCUUGAUCAUGAACAUCCUAACUUGGACUGGAGCUGUUGUGCACUUAAAAGGAAGUUUAUUUUUCUUUCCUGUGAAGAAGUAUUUCAGUCUUUCUGCUUUGUAAAUUCAGUCUACUUUUUUCAUUUUGGUGUAUUUUUAGUUCUCGUGAAAUAUAUUUCACAAGGUACUUUCAAUUCAACCCUGUCUCUGUAGAAAGCAAGGUAGAGCGCAGGUGGCAGUGCUAUUUUGGGUUAAUCUAAUGCAACAGAAACUCGUUUUACUAAUGGUCUAUUCUGAAUUUGUAUGCAUGUCACUGGGGAUUAAAAACAUUGAGAAAUGUAUACUUUAAUUUGUCACCUAAAGAACCUUUGCAAAACACAGGAGUGGGCCUCUAAGUCAUAGGCCUGCUGUUUACUAAAAAGUUUUCCAUGAUCAUGAAUCAACAUGUCUGGGAACAAUAGAAAAAAAUGUGAUUUAAGUGUUUCUAACUAGAAUUAUUUGUCAAUACGUACUCGGGUAUGGUUUGAUUAGCUUUUUAGAGGACCACAGAAGUUGGUUUGCUGUUAUAUAUGAUAAAUGAAAUUUCUCUUUGAAGGUAAGGGAGAGUUAAAGGUAAAGCCCAACAUAGCAAUAAACAUUCUUCUGCAAAAACUGUUAGGAAAAUUAUCAUUAGAGAUAUGGAAUGUUAUUUGGGAACUAAUUUCUGCUGCAUUGCACAGAGAAGAGAGGCACUACACUGCAGUAACUGUCAAAUAAGGAGAAAGCACUGAAUUGAAUGGACAAGGGAGCGUAUUUGUUAGAGGUGCUUAAGAAGCUAUAGAAGUCACCAGUGUCACAUGACCAAUGAUUCACACUCGUCCCUUUUGAUUGGCCAAAAGUAAAUUGCUCCAUGAAAAUUCUUUUCAAAGUUGAUGCCAGGUCUAUUCCAGGAAAUGUAUUUCCUUCUUUCAGGGAAUACAGAUGCAGUACACAUACAGGAAAUAUUGUAUCUGGAAGCAGCAUGCUAGGCUUAAUCUAAAACUGGCUAUGCUAUGGAAAGAACUAUUUCCAUAUCAUAUAGAUCAAAUGCAAAACCUCUGCUUAUUACUCUCAAAGAGCUACCUUGCUUAUUCUGUGAAGUGUUAAUAACCUCGACCCUUCCAGCAAUUACUGUGACAAGCAAGGCCUGUGCUAUGGGCUUCUGAAAACUCAAUUUGUCUGACAACAAGGGUUGAAAAAAUGCUAAUAAUUUUCAGUAUAAUGAAAUAGUAACAUCAGCUGCAUUCUUUUACUUCUCUUGAUAUAGCUUCCCUUACUGUCCUUUACAUUUCAGCCCCAGGUGGUUACUCUUGACCUCGGAGAGCCCCAGUCCAGCAAGAUUUACGGUUAAGCAAGUCAUUUAUCAAUCUAGAAAAUAUCACUGAGCAGUUAAGCAGGCAAGAUGUGGAUUAAUGAUUGAAAAGGAAGGCAGGAGAGAGAGAAAAGAGGGGAGGAAGAAGGAAGAAGGAAGAAACAAGGAGAGCAGGGAGAAGGGAGAGGAGUCCACAGGAGUUGGGACUCGAAGUGUGCGCCAGGUGCUGGAGAAAUACCCAAACACACCCAUGAGUCAUAAAGAAAUCCUUAAGGUGAUCCAAAGCGAGGGGUUGAAAGAGAUAAGAAGCGGGACAUCUCCUCUGGCUUGUUUAAAUGCCAUGCUGCACACCAAUUCUCGAGGAGAAGAGGGAAUUUUCUACAAAGUACCUGGCCGAAUGGGAGUCUAUACACUGAAGCAGAAAGACGUAUCGGACAGUGCAAAGGACGUGUCCGAUGACGGAUCUGAAGAGAGCAGUGGCAAUCACUCAGACUCCCAGAGCACAGAGAACAGCAACAGCACCAACAACGAAGACGGCAGGAAGGGCAAGUGGAGACGGAAAGUGUCCUCCAAACUUCAAUCUCAGCCAUCCUCGCCACAGUCCCGGUGCCAGUCACCCUCUAUUCCUGCCAGCAAGCUCAUCUCCCCUUCACAGAAGCACAGCAAGAAAGCCCUCAAACAGGCCCUGAAGCAGCAGCAGCAGAAAAACCAGCGCAAGCAGGGAGGGAUGCCCACAUCAUCUAACCCCCGGCUCAUCCUCAAAACCGUGAAAGACAUGGGGGACCAAGCGGCUUCCAAAACCGAAUGGGAGGUGAAGCAGUCAGACAGGCGGUCCGCUAGCCCCCAGAACUCCACUUCCAGCUCCUCCUCAUCCUCAGUGAAAACUGACCUGUCUUCUUCUGCCACUGCCAAGAAGGUGUCCCAGAGAUCUGACAGACUGAGUGCAAGGCAGCUGAAACGUACAAAGUGUGCGGAAAUUGACGUGGAAACGCCAGACUCCAUCUUGGUCAACACCAACCUGCGGGCCCUGAUAAACAAGCACACGUUCUCAGUGUUACCUCCAGACUGUCAACACCGUCUCUUACACCUCCUCCCAGAGGUCGACAGACAGGCUAGUGCAGAUGGAGUACUGAAGCUCAGCAGUUCUGCACUGAAUAAUGAAUUCUUCACAUCUGCAGCCCAGUCAUGGAAGGAAAGACUAGCAGAAGGUGAAUUCACCCCUGAGAUGCGCCUGAGAAUAAGGCAGGAGAUCGAGAAAGAAAAAAAAGUGGAGCAGUGGAAGGAACGCUUUUUCGAGAGCUACUAUGGCCAAAAUUCUGGAAUCAGCAUAGAGGAAUCCAGAAAGCUGACAGCAACACUCCGUGACACUCCAGAGCCUGGCAGGCAGCACAUUUCUCCCAGCCCCUCAGUUCAGGUACCUCCUGUGAAAAGCGAGGCAAAGGCUGAGCCCAGACUGGAAGCCAGCAUCACAGAAAGUAAAGAUGAUGAAAGAAAACAACCCCCCGGGACAUCAGAAAGCUUGAAACCAGAGCCCGGCAAUGAUGAAUCCAAAGCCAAGGCAAGAGCUGUCCCUGAGAGGCUACCUGAGGCACCGGCAUCUGAAAAAACAGCUUUGAUUCAGCCAACGCAAACUGUGGUCGCUGCUCAAGUGAAGACAGAGGAGACAAUGGACACGGAAACCGUGAAAGUGACAAAAGACCAGCAGGAGCUGGAUGGAUCUAAGACACGCAUGUCUCCUCAGACAACUCCCAAGGCCAGCCCUGACAGGAAGGAAGUUGCCAUGAUGCUGACAGACAGCCCAAGCAGUGUGAGCCCCAUGAAGGUGCCAGGCGCUGAGCAAAUGGAGGUCGCUCUGGAGGGACUGAAGAGAAAGUCAUCCACUGACCUGGAGGAGGUGCUGCCUAGCCCAGAGAAGAGGGCCCGUGUCUGCGAGGCACCUCCCAAAAGCUCUUCCGACAGCAUGGAACAUACUGCAAAGCCAAGGGUACCUCCACUCAAGAUCCCGGUGUCACGGAUAUUAACAGCUGCAACUGUCACGGGUCAGGUCUCUCCCAGGGCCCCAUUCACAGCCUCCCUUCCCAGUACUGGGCGCACAGGGGCUCGCACCUUGGCAGACAUCAAGGCGAAGGCCCAACUGGCCAGGGCCCAGCGGGCGGCGGCAGCAGCGGCUGCUGCAGCGGCCGCCGCGGGAUCUUCCUCGGGGGGUGCAGUGCCCGGACCGGGGCCUGGGGGAGGGGGCGGGGCACAGGGGGGAGCCAGCCACACUGGGACUGCAGUCAGAGAGGCGCUCACUCCCCGAGCAGAACUGGGAGGAGCUGGAGGAAGGGGAACUGCGGGAGGGAUUCUACCUUCCUGUCCAGACGCCAAGAUCAAGAUCUCUCCCGGUUCCGUCGGUGAUUCUAGAGCACAAUUACAGCAGACUACCACGUCACAGGCCGGAGCCAGCGGUACUACUUCAACCCUCAGUUCAUUAUCUGCAAACACUGCACAGGCCGCCACACCUUCAGUGAGGCUUUCCACCCUAGGGAACUGUUCAAAUCCAGCAUCUCUAUCAAAUCCAUCAACACAGCAGUCCCAGAUCUCAAGUUGUAAUGAAACCACGGGAAAAGAACAAUCAAAGUCUGUUCCCUUUCCAAUAGAUGUGGUCCAGACAGUGGAACAGAAACCACCAGCCACCGAUGGCAAAAACACAGAGGCCAACAAACAUUGGAAAGCAUCUCUUGAAGAGCCAAGUGCUCUUUCAACUAUGGAAAAAGUGGGGUCUCAAAUGCUUCAUCAGGCAUCAAAUUCAAAUGUGUCCUUGGGCACACAAGUUCCAACAGCUCCACUCUCAUGCAUGUCAGUUACACGUCCUGCUUUGAGCAGUGUUUCCGGUACAUUGAGUCAAAAAGCAUCAGAGAGUCCAGUAGGUGGAGGGCAUGUAACUAAGACCAGUUCUUCAAUUCCAGCUAAUAACCCCCUGGUCACACAGCUACUUCAAGGAAAAGAAGUCCCACUUGAGCAGAUCCUCCCAAAACCACACACAAAAAUAGACGUCAAGCCAAUCAUUCUGCCCUCGGGUGAUAAAGGGAAAAUAUCUCAUGUCACCACAGAGACUGAUACUGUGGUAAGCGGUGAUGAUCAUUCCAGACUUGGAACAGAUGCCUUCGAAAAAGCAAGGCAAUUGCUGCCCAACCAGCUUAUUUCAACAAGGACAGGUGGCAUGGAACUCGCCCAACAUCAUCGGGAAAUGCUGAACAAGGCCACCCAAGAACAGAUUUUGCAGACCCUUAUGCAAAGAGCACAGACUCAACAAUUUAUUACUGGGUCACAGCUUUUGCAGCAUGAGAUCUGUCACUUUGGUUAUCCAGCUGAGUGCUCACGUAGCCAGAGUUUUGCCAUGGGUUUCAUGGGUCGGAAGAGGAUGUCCAAGCCUGCUAUGUCGGGACAUUACCUUCUUAACAUCUCAACCUAUGGGAGAGGAUCUGAGAGCUACAAACGUGCUCACCUGUCCAUAAAUGCCCCUUUGGCCAACCUGAAGAAAGAAUGUAUAGAUGGGGAGAUUACUCCUGAUGAAGGGGAAGAGCCAUUCAAAAGUCCAAAUGACUAUGUAAAAGGGCAACCUGAUCUCACAGGAAUCAAGAAAGAGCAUCAGGGUCUGGGUGAUGGCUCCUACACUGCAACGAGCCCAAGUCAUACAAAGUCUAGUGCAUUACUUGACCACAAUCACAGUCAUAAGAUAAAGCGGGAGUCUCCUUCACUUGGACAGGUACCAGACAGAGAAGAAGAUUCAGUCCUAACAGACAGCAAAGAUGCUGCGGCUACAGCCAAAGAAAUUAACCGGGUUGUCCAAUCACAUAAAGUAUAUCCUGAAGUUGGCAAUAACCCCCAUAGUAACUCAGAGCCAUAUCGAUUGCCAAAACAUACAGGAAUGGACCGCCAUCACUGGCAGGCUGCUCAUCAUCACCAGCAAAAAAAUUAUGAGAGUCAUGGCCCUGUGGUUGGACAUAUUUAUGGUGGCACAAUAAAUAUGUCUACAUCUCAUGCACUCAACCACAGCUCAGCAGGUUCUGGCAGUUCUCCAGGCUAUAGUCCAGUGUCCAGCAGUAGUGGGGGUGUUAUGUCCUUUUCAGUGACUGUCACCACAAUUCCCGCUAACCAUCCAUUAGAUCAUGCUAAUCAUGGGGAAGCUGGUCCAGUGCAGGCAUUUGCAGAAAGCUCCAGUAUGGACGACUCUCCAUCCAAAUGUUACUGUCGCCUGAAAGCCAUGAUCAUGUGCAAAGGUUGUGGGGCAUUCUGUCACGAUGACUGCAUUGGCCCUUCCAAACUUUGCGUCUCCUGCCUAGUGGUGCGAUAAGGAAAAUUUUGAUUUGCAUUCACUUAUUUCUAUCAAAAUGAAUAGGAAGAAAAAAGAAGUGGUGAAGCAUAAACACGUAAUGUUAAAAAAAGAACGAAUCAGCACCUUGUACUAGACUUGAGUCACUUGUGUUUGUGAAUUGUGACAAAUUUUGCACUUAGAGGAACACGUCAUUUAUUGCACAAUAUUUUAUUAAAAGAAAAGAAAAGGAAAAAAGUAUUUUUUUAGCAAGUCAUUGGACUAUGAUUGACAGAUCCAUUUUUUGUUUAGAACCUUUCUUUAAAUCCUGCCAGAUAUGGAUCCUUCUUUUGGUAAUUAAUGUCCAGCAUGAUUUUUAUGUUUAACAAUUUUGGGAGUUCUGUCAGCCUUCAUCCUAAGGAUUGAUGUCUAUGGGUGAGGUGUUGUGCUGUAAUGAAGGAAGGGAUAAUUACUUUACGUUAUUGCUAAAUAUUUGGCUGUUUGGUACACCCAAAGGUAGCACCAGCUGCAGAUCAAGUGGUAAAAUAAAUGUGUCCUCUCUCAUAAUUCAUUCAUGCUGAGAGAUCAAGCACUGCUGUCCGUCUUUAUGCAGCACAUUUUCUAGUUCAGGAUGAUCCUUCUACCUUUUCUCUACCAGAGGCCAUUUCUGUAAUUUUAGAUUGUUUAGAUUGCUCCCAUUUAACUCUGAACUCUUAAAGUGAUCUCAAGAAAGCCAGCUGUGCUAGACUUUUGUUAAAAUCAACAGUUAUGAAGAACUGAAAACAAUUCAGAAUGAGUAUUUCCAGUAGGUUCCUUUAAAAUGCAUUUGAAGCACUCAUAAAAUUCGAGUGAUAGCAAUUUUUGUACUAGGCUUUAUAAACACUGGUAUUUCUUUUUUGUUUAGAGCAAUUUUUUCUAACCUCUGUUUUCUUUAAGCUUCUACUCCAGGUCCUAAGUACCUGUAUCUUUUAUGUCUUCGAUACACUGUAAGAGUAAUCAAUACUCUGAAUUCUAAAUGGCAUUUAACACUUUUCAAUGAUGGCGAAAUAUCUAGAGUAACACACAACUUGACAUCGCCAUGCAAUAAUUUUGUUAUGUAAGAGACACACAGUUGCCAAUAAUAAAGCAUGUUGAUUUUAUAUUCAGAGAUGAUGGACAGUACUGCAGGGUUUGCAUGCCAUUGGUCAAUAUAUCUCAAGUAAUAUUAAUAUUAUUUUUUAUUAAAUUGAUUGUCAGUAUGUUAAUGAGUACUUUUUUUGUAUAAUUAUCUUGGGUGUUAUACCAAAGUGUCUGUAUGGAAAUUGGUGUCCUGAUCAUGUUUUUAAUGUUUGAGCAGUUAAAGGAAAAACAUAAAGUAAUAUAUUUUAAUUAUAUAUAUUUUAAUAUAAAAGUACAAUGUAUAAACAGUUUGUUAGAAUUUUAAUAACAUACAGGGUAUUUACUAGUCUAGAGUAAUGGCUGUCCUGUUUCUAUCCAGUCUUUUGUUUCGUGUAGCAACCGUACAGGAGUUAAUUCUGCUAAUUUUGUAAUAUCUUAGUGGUCCUACACCUGUUGAAUAUAGUCUUUAGCAGGAUUGCAUCAAGGCCUUUGUGUAUUCCUUGACCAUUGUGUUCUGACUACGUAAAAAAAAAACAUGGAAGGCUUUUAUACAGUAUACAGUAUGUACAUGUAACCAGCAAAGCCUGAAAGGUGAACUAUUACUCAAGCAAUCUUGUUUUCUUUUUUCUACAAUUAUAAAACAAAAGACACUUAAAGGAGCAGAGAUAACCUCCAGUUUCAAUCUAAAGGGUCCACAGUGGCCUUGAUCUAGCUAAGAGACAGUCUAUACUAGUAAAGACAGAGAUUCAACCAGAACCCAUUCUAUACAGCAUAAAACUGUUUGUCCAGGUUUCUACAUUUUUCUGAAAAAAAUAAUAAUUUGAGCUCUCUGAAAUAAGUAUAAGUGCCAGUAGAAGAUUCUGGUCAGUUUCUUUAAUGCUAUGCUUUGUAAACAGGGAUAUUAAUUUAUGUGUGCAGCAAUAUGUUAAGUCAUAAGUGUGCCACAUCCCCUAAUCACCUUGUAUAAACAGCCUUUAAAGAUGUUGGUCCGUUUGGAGCAAGACUGCCUUUGUGAGGCAUGCAGGGCAAGAGAAGACACCUUUUAGAAGUAGGAAGAUGUUUUUUCAUCCAAUUUGUGCUUUAAAUCUGCAUGUAAUGGUUGUCCUGCCCUUUUGAACUUUUCUUGCAGUGCAAGCAUACUUUUAAAUAUUAACAUUGUAUUAAUUUAUGCAUGUUCUUUCUGAUUUAAUUUUUCAUUUUAAUUUUCUCCACCUGUUCCAAAUGUCAACAUAUUCUGUACUUAUUAUCCAAAAUACAAUCAGAGCAGAGCAGGAAUACCACAUUACCAGAUAUUUUUAAGUGCAGGUCUGUACUGAGACUAGUUCUUUAAUUAUUCAAUUUAAACAAAAUAAGAAUAAAAAAUCUGUAAGUUGUUUAAUUGCUUUUUUUGACAAAACACUGUAAUUGAAAGAAGAAGUGUGGGUGAUAAGUUACUAGCAACCAUAUAUGUAAAAUAAGCUAAGCAGCAGUCAGUCAUUUCUACAUCUGGGUUCUUUCAGGGUUCCUGGUAAUUUAAUCCUUCUGGAUUAAAACAAAAAACUCUCCAUCCCUUACCACCAUCUCUUCUAAAAUAGUCUACAUAGCAUUCUCUGUAGGGUGAUUAGGCAUUAUUAGGAGAUAGUGGAUUACGAUCACCAAGUGAAGCAGCCUGCAUGAAUUUUGUUAAUGGUAAAUACUUUGUUAUUAUACUUUCCUCUCGUUCCCAUUUACACAGGUGCAUUUAGUCAUACAAACAUUAUCCACAAAGGAUCACACAUCAUCAGGAUCACAUACAUCAUCAUGUCCCAAAAAAUAUCCUGUGGUAGGCAGGCACUAUUGGAAGGUCUUCCUUUUAUGUGCUGCCUUGACACUUUCCUGUUAAGUGAGUAAAACUAUUCCGAUCUCUUCAAACUGACGGAAGAAGUCUACUACUUUUAUCUGUAGCUUCUUGCUGCCAUAUUGGAAAACCAAUAUGUCUAAUAUUUAUGUAGCAUAUCCAACUAGAGAAUAAAGAGAUGGGUGUGUUAGACCUACAGUACAAAUAAUGGACAAAAAUGGAAACACCAAUGUAAAGUCACUAAACAGGAUGAUGGGCCACCAUUUGCAGCCAGAAUGCCUGUAUGGCAUCUACUAGAAUUUUGAAUUGUGCAGGAGAGAUGUGGCACCACGUUUUCUUGGGAAACUCAAUCAACUAACUCAUGGUUGAUAGAGGCAGAAAAGACUGUCUCAGGCUUUUUCUGGAAUUUCCAAAAACCGCUCAAUUGGGUACAGACCUGAUGAAUGAGACAGCUAUGAGUUAUGGAUAACACAAAGGACAUGCUCAUCAAAACACUGGGUGACCACACAUGCUCUGUGAAUGGGGACAUUGUCUUCCUAAAAGACACCCCUCCCGACACAGAAUGAAAAUGAUCACUCAGUACCAUUAAGUAAUGAUUAGUAUUGAUCUUGCAUUCUGACAAAAUGAGUACACCCAAACUAUACCGGGAAAUUGGACUAAAAAAAAGAUUACAGAACCUCUUGAACUUUUCACUGUUGGAAUAAAGCAGUCAGGGCUGUAGAAGUCUUUAGGUUGACAUUUUGUUGAGAACAUGGUUAAAAAUGAUUCAUCUGAACAUAUGACAUUUCUCCACUGCUCGAUAGUAUUUUGACUCAGCUCUUUGCACCACUAGAUUUGCAAAUACUGAAUGUGUUGCAGAUAUAACGAGAAGUUUGUACAAUACAACCUGACUAUGGUAUCCUGCACUCUGAAGCUCUCAGCAGACCAUAUUUAAUCUAACUGCCUGUUGCUCACCAAGUUGAAAUUUGCAAUACACUGAUCUGGAGUUGAUUGUCUGUUGUCCCUGCACUUCAAAUAUUAUAAUAAAUUGACAGUGUUUUCCUCAGAGUUCCAUACUAACAUUACCUUAAACACCACUGAACCAAGCAAAUUGAGCUGACUUGAUUAUUGAUACACCUGCCAAAUAUGCCCCAACAAUCAUCUCUCUUUUAAAAUCACUAAAACAUCUCCCCUUGCAGCCAUAUUUAUAAAUAAGCAGGCCUGUCCAGCAUUUUUGUACCUAAGCAGGCUGGGAUGUUAUUUGCAUAAAUACCAUAUGAGCUGUGGAAGCUGUUGCUUUCAAUAAGCUUUGUGUCCCUUAUCCCUUUCCGAGGUCCAACUACAUGUAAGCAUUCAUUAUGAAAUCAUCUUUACAAUAGACUUCUUUAUGUCAUGUGAGGAAAAUUUCAACAAAAUAAUCUAACUGGAAACAUUUCUUUAUUGCAGCUUAAUUUCAUUUGUCCCAGUCAAUGGUUUGGAGUUCUGCGAAGUUGGGAAGAUGUAAUUGUAUUAGUCUUUGUAUUUGUAUUCAUCCUUUUCAUCCAUCCUUAAUGAAGUUAGAGUGUGGAUUUCGCUUGGUAUUUACCUGUGUUUCACUUCUCUUUCAAUUUUAUAUCAAUUUACAGCACCUGUGACCAUAAGUAUAUUACUACUGUAAUAAUAUAAGUGGAGAAAAAGCCAUAAAAAAGCAAUACAAGUAUAAUCAUGUGAACUCUGAAUUAACACUUAAAAUGUCAUCUGAAUAUUUUUUAAUCUGACAUGAAACCAGUAAGAACAUUCUUACAUGCAUGGAGCAUGUUAGUAAUAACACAGGCCUCCCAGUAGGCAAGGUUACAAAUGAGAGAAGGCUACUCAGUUUACAACGAUAAACAUUAAGCCAAUUAUCCAAAAGUGUCUGCACCCCACUCAUCCCAAAUGGUAACUUAACUCCAUGUGGAGUUUAACAUUCUGUGACGUUUCAUUUGAGAAGAAUAAUAGUUUAAAGCAGAGAAUCCAUUUAGAAAGUUUCACAAACAACAUAUUUCAAUCUUGCUCUAGAUUAAUUGUUCUCAUCCCCUUAUCUGGGCUCUUAAAGUGUGCUAUGGGAAAGGCGUACAACUUACCUUAUAAUUACCAAGCAUGCAAUUAGGUAUAAUAGAUUUUAAUAAUGACAAGAUGUGGGAUAAUAAGAUGUAUCUUUGAUAGUGCUGUUGUAGCCCUUGAAAGCGAGCAAUUGCCAUUUCAUUAUUUCUCGGGUACUGCUUCCAGCUUGAAGACUAAUAAGCCCCCAUCCGAUACAAGUUAAGACAGGAUUUUCCCUUUCAGCAGUGAUAACAGACUAAAGAGGCAAUUUCCCAGAAACCCUUUUGUGAUUUUUUAGAACAGUUCAUGGCACUGGAUUCCCCAGCUGGUUGUGGUGCAGAUUUCACUGAGUGCCGCCAAGAAUAAGGGGGCAAUCUGCCUUCCAUUGACACUGAACCUCCCGUGUUAAAUGAACAGGGCGCUCGAAAGUGGACAGGUUGGGGGAGACUGGCUGCGUGUGGCUAUAGGCUUCAUGGUCAUGACCUGAGUGUGAAAAACAUGCUGUCUGGAAUUGAAAAAAAAAAAAGGUUCACGCUUCAAGUACACAGGGGUGUUGUUGGAUUGUGCCCUGGCUAGUUCAUAUUUUAAGACUGAUACUUUCAGAUCAGUGUGUGUACUGAUAAAAUAUGGUGGUGAUUUGUGCUCUUUAUUGCUUAUCACUUUCUAAGCAUACAGUAUACGAGACAAAUAAAGGAGAAUAAAACUGAACUUAUUGCACUAACUUUCUUCAGUAGUCUGUUGAGCAGACUGUUUAGAGAACAGAUUAAGUCUAAAUUGGUUUAUCUGUCAUGCAGCACUGUUUCUGAUGUCUCAGUAUCUAUGUACACAUGUAGGAGCUGGCUUGAUAAAAACAUGAUCAUCAAAAAAACAGGUUUUAAAAAUUACAUAAGAAUUGUACAUGAACAGGAUUUAUACACAGAACACUGAUGGUUCCUUGUUUUUGAGAAAGAUAAGGUAGUCUUUAAGACGUUUUUCUUUUUAUAAGGGACUGUUGAACCAGAAAGGAUGGGAUACUUUUAAAAAUGAGCAUUGAUAUUUUUUCAUGAAUAUAACAGAAAUAGAUAUUUUAAAUAAACGUUUUUUUAAGAAAAAAAGAUCUAUGAAUUAUACAUAUAUAAAUAGAUUUCCUAUGUAUUUUAUUUGCGUAAAUUUUGUUUGAGAAAUAGAGCUAAUGUACAGUAGGCUGCUAUGUUACCAUAUGUUUUUGCAUGUGUGUAGUCCAAGAUGAAAGAUUAAAAGAAAUUAUUCUGAACACAAAACUUUGUGUUUUUGCCUUAGUGCUUUAGGAAAUGAAAAUGAGAUUCUUCCUCCCCAUUUAAGUAUUUUUAUAAUGCACUCCUUCUGAAGCCAUAUUUCCCUAACCAUACAUUGUUUCUCAUUAAUAUGUGUCUGGCAAGUGCAGAUAAGAAUCCCAAGGUCAUUCUGUGAAUGAAAAUGCAAGAUUCAUUUGAAAGACAUUUUACAGCAGUGGGCUUCAACCAGGGUCCCAGAAAUGUCCUACAGUAUAUGUCACGUUUUGUAUACAUUUUCAAUCAGUGUAUAAAGAUCACAUUAAGUGUGAUUAAUUAAGCAAAUACUUGAUUCAAUUCAGUAAUCAGGAGUCCAGCUGGAAUGACAAUCAAAAGUUUUUUGUCCCUCCAUUAUCAAGGUGUUCUAGAGGGUGAAAUCCUACAGCCUUCAAAUGAUCCCAGCUAAACCACAAUGUUCUGUAUUUAUGUUUUCAGUGCUUUUUAAUUUUGAUAUUGACAUUGAAAAUGUCGAACCUUACAAAAUACAGGAUGGGAGCUUCAGCAUUUGUUUUUCCUUCUAAUAUUUACUUUAUGAAUAGAAAGCAACAUACAGCAAAUGAACCUGGCAGUAAUCUAUUUUGGUAAACAAUGCAUCUUCCUUGGUUUCAGUUUAGAAGAAAGCAAUAUCUCUAGGCUCAGUUUUUCGAAGGCUGAUAAACGUUUCCCCUCUGGGAGAUUGUAGCAAUGAAAACAGCAGUACAUUAUGCUUUAUUUCAUAUUUAAAUUACUCUUUCAUGUGUGAAAUUGUAUCUGUGUGUUCAUCUUUAAAACGCACAUAUUUCUUUGUAGAUUUAUUGUGCAGUGUGUUAUCAAGAUUUGAAAACAGACUAUUGAAGCCCAGUUAGCUUAAAGAUUUACCUGGGAAAUAUUUAAGUGAGAAAUUGUAUUAUUUUACUUUUUUGUCCUGUCCUGUCGUCCUUCACAUCAUCUUUCCCUCAAUGAUAUAUAUGUAUACAGUAUGUAUUUAAGCUGUGCCUUAGGUUUCUGUGUAAACUGGAGUAGCAUGUGUAAGAAAACUGCUUUGUUCCUUGAUUUCAGGGUCCUUCAACUUUCCUUCAGAGAAAGAUAUGGGUCUCCACUCCAUUGGUCUACUCUAUACCACUAGAAAUUUAAAAUAAAAUUAUCUUCAAAAUGUGUUUCUAUUGAGUCAUCAAGCAUUUUAGUAUAAAUUCUACCAAUUUGCGUUUUCUUGGGGUCUGGACAGCAUUCCAUACUUCGAAAGAAUUGUUUCACAGACCUACCGGAGACAUUAAUUAGUUUGAAAAGAAUGUUAUAUGUACCAUUUCCCAUAAGGGAUUUGUUGUGUUAUUAAUCCCAUGUUGUACUAGGAGCGAAGUGUUAUUAGGCCUGAAGUAGUGCAUUCCUUUUUGUAGAAAGGUGUGAGUAGGAAAGACUGUUGGGGUUGCCUCUAAACCAUUUAGAUUAAGUGUAAGUAACAGUAUAUAUAACUGUUAAAGGGUGAUGGUGAAAAAAUAUGAAUGUUUGUGUGUGUGUGCUAUGUUCUUCUUAGUCAUGUUAGCAGUUUUAUUCCAAUUCCUGUUUGUGUUUUGUAUAUUUUUUUUCUGUUUAAGCUACCUGUUUAAAACGGAAUACAAAAAAGAAUGUACAAUAAUAAUCAGCACCUGUAAAAAAGUGUAUUUUAUCAUAAAAAGUUUUAAAAUAAUAAACAAAAGAGGUUUCAA